AUGACUGACAAUCUGGAUCCUGCCUUGUUGGACAAGUCUUCAGGUGCCCAAGAGACAAACGAUUCGAGUAAGAGUAAGCAGCCACAGAUGGCCCAAUUGCCUUCUCGGCCAAAGACCAGCAAUGCCCCUUCUCAGCCUUCAACCGGUCACCUAUUGACGGGGAAACAAGAGCACUAUCUCAAACGCGAGCUCAUCUCACAGCAGGUUGUGUUCGAGAUAUCGGAGCUCGCUUCGACAACUGCUCUCCAGAGGUUUGGGGCCCCGUUUAGGUCCGAAUAUGGCGAAGUUGCACCUGUUGACUCCGACCUUCCUCUUCUACGGUACAUAUUCGUCCACCAUGUCAGAAACUUCCCCUUCCUCGAUCAGGCACGCGAGAAAGAGUUCUGGCAAGACAAGCUCCAAGUCUUUCUGGAGUCUUUUGCCAGUAAACACAUCUCUUCGUCGGAAGACCGUUCGGAGGAGACAAAACGGCGAAAACUUGCGAUCAAGGCCCAGAAAUUGGUAGAAUUGAUGAUGGUCUCCGGCAUACCCACAGCUUCUGGUUACGAAGAGAGGAUACGGUUUUCGGAAAUGGAAGUAGUGGACCGGGGAGCAAACGAGCAGGGACUACUCGUUAAUAUACCUGAAGGCCACUUCAUCAAUGGCUGGGAUGUCAACAUUGCAGCAGUGCGUACUACUUCCAUAAAGCGGACCGUCAGAUAUCAUCAGCACGCGGAGUUCAUCUUAAAGGUGAAGCAAGCCGGAAAGCCAGAUAUCUACGUUGGUCGAAGGUAUGGCGAUUUCACACGACUGCAACGUGCCAUGCGGACCGAACUUCCUGGGAAAAUCCUCCCUCCAUUGCCAAGAAAGAACAAAAGCUCUACCACUUCAAGUCUACUUGGUGGUAAAGCUGAUAGCGAUGCAUCUUCUGUUUCAUCUGUCUCAACACAGAACACACAACUUUCUGUUCCCGAAGAUAACAGCUCCCUCCGACAUCUUGUAGGCAAAAACCAUGCAAGAUCGCUCUCCGUGCACUCGAAUACGUCCGCCCGAUCAUCAGGUGAAUUCUCUCCAAAAGUCACGCUAUAUCGAGAAAGCCAGAGGGUCUCUUUGAGGGCCUUCCUGAGGACCUUCCUUCAGAACAAGCAGAUCGCCGACUCCAAGACCAUGACAGAAUUUUUGACUCUUAGCCCAAUCAAACUUAACGCUGAAGAGUUAGACGACGAGAAACGCAGAAAGGAAAUGGACGAGAAGCGGAUAGAGGAACAAAAGCGUUUUUAUGAGAUCGCACGAGAGCGUGCAAGAGAGCUUGACGUGUACAUGGAACGGUUUCGAAGGGAUGUUGUAGAGAGCAACGGUCUCACCAAACUUUUCGCAGAGAUCAAGGAGAAGCAAACUAUCGCAGAUCUUAGCUUAGAAUAUCAGAAAUUUGCGGAAUGGCUUCGUAUUGAGGUUGCCGCAACGAUUUAUCAUCUUUUCCUCGCCGAGGACAAUUCUCCAGAACUCCUUGCUCAAGCUAAACGAAUACAUUCAAUGAUACCGUAUACGACGUUGAAGCAGGUGAUCCGAUUCGCUAAUCCAGCAGCCGUCAUGUCCGGGGUCUUGGACUUGUUUCUUGCCCAACCAUUUGGAACAAGAUCUCUUGCCCAGCGAGUCUUUGGCCUAGCUAUUAACGACGGCAUUCGGACAUUGCAGAGAACCAUAGACACUCUCCAACAAAAGAUCAACCACCCAAUAUUCUGUCAAAAACUCGAAACGUUCUGCAACUCCGACGAAGAGGUCAAAAACGAGCUCCGCGACUCCGCCCAUGCCGAAGACACCGACCUCAUUGUCGCCAUUCUUCGGUCCGAGCGUAUCCCCCCUGAACUUACCUCUGACCAAGUAGGCCAAGUAUUCAACGCUUACGUAGCCUGGAACCACACCGUCGAGCACGUCGACGACGAGAUGAAAUCCGGCGCACUCCUCUUCUCCCAGCUAAAACAACUCCUCAAACUUUACACUCGCAAGCGUGACAAGGCGCAGAUGCUAUCCGUGAUACAAGAACCUGUGACUCUGCAUCUCUUCCGCGAUCUCUUCACCAUCUUCUACGAACCGCUUGUCCGCGUCUACAAAUCUGCGAACGUGUACAGUAGCGUCACAGACUUCGCGGCUUUUGCAGACGACACAUUCUCUGUGCUAGAUACUGCUCAACGGCAGGAUGUAAGCGCUGAUCCUAACCAGACAGUCCAAAGCUUCAUCGACCUCUGCGCCCGCCACCAGGAUAAUUUCUACAAAUUCGUUCACGAAGUGCACGUUCACGAUAAUGGGCUCUUCACGGCUUUGAUGGGUUGGUUAGAAGGUAUCCUCGAGUUUCUACGUCAUGGUCCUAAAGGCGGGAAACUGGACAUGAACGCCCUCUUCCAAGGCGCUGUAGACAUGAAGAAAAUUGAUAAACAGAAGGCUAUACAGGAAAUAGACGCGUUGAUCAAAUGGCAGGAAGAGAGGAAGAAAUGGCAUCAGGACAAAACAAGGCAGAAGAUGGCAACGGCUGGUACCCCGGGCCUCAACGGUGCCGCUGCAAAUGGCUCCCCCUUACCCCCCGGGGCAGGCACAUUCAAGACGAGCGAUUUUGGGCUGCAUGAACAGGAUGUAGCAGAUUUGAACGAGAGUGGUAGUGAGAGUGGAGAUGGGGAUAGCGAUGUGGAGGACGGGGGAGGUGGAGAUGAUCCCAUUGCGAGUGAGCGACGGAGGCGAGCGAGGGUUGUGGAGAAAUUGAAGCGGACGGCGGGGGAGCCGGUGAAGCCGGAGGUGAAAGAACUGGAAGGGUUGAGGGAGGGGUUUCUGGCCAUGUUGAGGAUGGUGCUGGCGGAUUAG